UCAAAUGCAGUUAAAUUAUGUGAAAAACAUUCAAACUUCCCAGAGAUGGCGUUAAUUUUCUCCAGGCGUCAAGGCGAUUGUGGGCGGGAGGUGAUGGAAAAUUCACUGACAACCGGUCAAUUUGACAGUUUUGGAGCCAGCCUGAGCAGCUGACCUGACAGACAUGAACGGAAGAAACGACCGACUGAAAGACCAACCGAGAGUUUCGUGAGUCAGUCAGAAUCGAACGUUGUUCGCAGUUGGACGCGCACGCAGCACCAAUAGGAAUAUUAUUACACCAUACACACACCUAACGUUGUUUUACAAGUUCUUAGUUAGAAUACUAGAAGUGUCAUUAUAUGAUAUAGUUAGAAGCAACGCGAAUUCUAAUAGGAAGUUCAAGAAGUCCACUGGCGAUAUAAAAGAAUAGUAUUCUUCGCGGGCGGGCGUGGUGUUACAAAACUGUUUCGUAAAAUCCUAAGAAUUUUAUCCUCGUAAUCAGGGUUCCGGGAGAGUGAGAGUUGUCCCUUGUCAAGGUUCGGUCCUCGGUGAAAAAGGAUCUGCCUCUCCCUGGUCAGGAAUCCUUCUGUGAGCUUGUGGUGGAGACCAGUGACGGGAAAAGCCAACAGACAGUCCGUCAAAUCUGGAAGAGUUUUCCGUUUGCUGGUGUGAGUGUUUGCGUACGUUUGUCUGUGAAAGGGUUUUGUGAAUGUGAAAGGCCCUCUGGUGUGGUGCAACAAACAGAAAUUCAGCAAUAAGAGCACCGCAUACUGAAGAAACCCGUAAAAGCAACAGUAGGCACUGGAAGAAGAAAGGAAGAGCGAGACACGAUCGAGUAGUCUCUGCCAACAUCCGGUCUACUGCGAUCGCGGUAAUCACUUAUCGGUGUAGAUUGCGACUUUUUUCUUCGGGAUUUAUCUGGCGCACUGAUUUUAAUCAGUGUCGAAACAAACAAGAUAAGCCUUUUCGGUUGGUGUGGUCCGGGAGACAAAAGGUGUUAAAUUUUGCAGUCACAAAACAGCAACAGUCUGCCGCGUAUUCCCUUGGGUAAAGUAGUAGGUAGCACUUUUGCCCGUAUGUGUUCGUGUUUGCACAAAUACCCAUAGAAAGGGGCUUAGAAAAAAGGCAAACUACACGCGACCAGAAAACGCAGCAGCAGCAGCUGAGGCAAAAGAAACUCGAAAGCAAAUUUGUGUGAGUGUUGCAAGGGGGAAACAAGAUACAGCAACAGCAUCACAUCAGUGGCAAAUAACAAGAAACAUAAGGCAAUCACGAAGUUGGGAUUGUUUUCGAUUUAUAAAAACGGAAAAUUUGCGCGAUCGAAAAUCUGCAAGAACAUUUUUGAACCCGAACCGCGCGAAAUUUAAUUCAGUGUAAGAGGAGGAAUUUUACAAACACCGUGUUUUUUGUCAAAUGUUUUCCCCUCCGUGGUGCAAGUUUGAGCGAAGUAGCCUACUGCGACGACAACGGCAGCGAGUGUGUUUACAUUGAAGCUUGCCUUGGAAAUUAACAUAAGAGUCUCCGUGACAACGAGCAUCUAGCAGCCGUCAGCCGCCUGCUUGGAGUGUUGUGUGUAGAAUUAUUAUCGAAAUAAACCAACCCCCGGGUUUUAACCUCAGUAGAAGGUCGCCAAACCGUUCACAAGUCGUCAUCUUCGAGUGAGAGUGCAGCAAUUGGGAGUGUGAAACCAAUAAGUGCCAAUUUUUUUGUAAGAAGAAAAAUAGAUAAGAUUUUAUUAGCAAGGAAAAUAGUCCAAAACCUGCCAAGUGAUUUGCGUCAGUGUCAGUCAAUUUAAAAAAAUAAGAUAAGAAUAACGCGUGAAGGCAAUAUGUUACUACCGGAAGGUUUUCGACACGUCGGCGAUGGCCGGCUGGACGUGGACGAGUCCCGACUGCAGCAGCUACGGGUCCAGCAGGACUUGGCCGAGAUCUACGACAUCGAGGAGAGCUGGUUUGCAAAAGGAAAGCACGGCAUCGUUCGGCGAGCGGUCGACAAGAAAACCGGCGUCAACUAUGCCGCAAAGUUCCUGCGCCGGCGGCGCCGAGGCCAGUGCUGCGCCAAAGAGAUCAACCACGAGAUAGCGGUGCUGAUGCUGUGCGCCAACUCCCAACACAUUGUGCGACUGCACGCGGUGCACGAAACCCGCCAGGAAACCGCUCUGAUUCUGGAACUGGCAACUGGUGGCGAACUGCAGACCAUGAUCGACAGCAAAGGGCAGCUUUCGGAAGCGAAAACUCGAACCUGUAUGCGCGAGAUUCUGCGCGCUCUGAACCACAUGCACAAGCAGUCCAUCGCCCAUCUGGACCUGAAGCCGCAAAAUAUCCUGCUCAGUGGCGACGAUGUUGAAGAUGGUCUCAAACUGUGCGACUUCGGUAUCGCGCGUAUCGUCGAGGAUACGGGCAAGAUAUACGAGAUCCUGGGCACCCCGGACUACGUUGCCCCGGAGGUGCUCCACUACGAACCGCUGUCGCUGCGGACGGACAUCUGGUCCAUCGGGGUGCUCACGUACGUGCUGCUGACCGGAUGUUCCCCCUUCGGCGGCGACAACAAGCAGGAAACGUUCCUCAAUAUUACCAAAUGUUUGCUCACCUUCCCGGAGGACCUGUUCGAGGACGUGUCGGAGGACGCGAUCGACUUCAUCAAGAGCACGCUCCGGAUCAAACCGAAGGAGCGUCCCACAGUCGAAGAUUGCCUGGAACACCGAUGGCUCAAGGAGGACAGCAUCUGCCGAACCAGCGAAGCCUUGUCCGCCUCCGUCACAGCCCAAAUCGAAUCGGAAUCCUGCCCGACCACGAACGGUCACAUCCACAAGCAGACCAUCGAAAUCGUGCUCAGCAAUGGCCAUAGUAAUGGGUACAAAUCGUCCGAGGGAAAACCGGACCCCGGUUCCCCUGCACCUUCGGAACCGGUCGAGGACGAGGCUGAAACCAACAAAGAGAACGUUCUAGUACAAAGCCCCAGCAGUCAGCAGCAGCAGCCACCCCAGCUGACCAGCGUCGUGGAAAUCGUGACCGUUUCGCUCUUCCCGGACGCACCCACCACUCCAAAGGUUAGCCGCAAGGCGCCACCUUCCGAGAACCACCAGAACCACCAUCACCACCACAAUCACAAUCACAACCACCAUCACAGUCACCACAAUACCCACAGUAACAACAACAACAACAAUAACGUCGUCGUAACAUCCUCCGCGGCGACGACGACCUCCCCAUCGGUCAAGGCUUACGUACAAAAGUUCCAACAUCAGCACCACCAGCACCAGCACAACGACUCCGCGGCGGUCAUCCUGCCCACGAUGGAGAACGGCUUCUGCGCUGCGGCCGCUGCCACGCUGUGCUGCCUCAAGUGCAGCGAGGAGACGACCGGAGCGGGGGCAACCGCCGCCGGAUUGGCCGUGGCCGUGGCCACCGUUGCCAGCCGGAAGACACUGCAGCCGUGCGGCGGCGACAAGGGCAUCAUCUGCUGAGAACCGCUUCCCUGCACCGGGCGAACCCUGGUGCGCCGGUAGUGCCUUGUCCAUCGUUGGCGGACAGUUAUUAAAACGGGGAACGGGCGGGGAAAGGUGGCGCUAGAGGCGUCUCGUUCCAUGCGGUGCCCUCCCGGUGUGUACUUAUAGUUCGUCGUCAGACUUCUCGGUUCUAGAGAAGUGGAGAUAUAGAAAGAGGAAAAGCAUACGAGAAUUCAAACAGUCGGAAUCGUUGGGAUUGUUAUGCGUGCGUGUAUCAUAUGUUAAUUAGUAAGCAGUUGCGGAUGGAUUUUUUGUAGUAUUUUUGGGCGGGGUUUUCCCCGCAAUCAGUAGGGUGAAACCCUUUUCUUUAUUUUUUUUUUUUCUUUGCUCUUUUUCUACUUGUAGCUUGAAUUGAUAUAUUUUUCUUUCUUUCUAUGAAUAAAUGGAAGCCCAGAUGGGAGUCGGUGACUUUGGAGGCGUAAAUGGACUUGAAAUGCUAAUUUUCAGAACGAAAUUAACGAAAUACAUUGGUUUGCCACGGUUGGCAUACUGUAACUACUCCUUCGAGACGAAUCUGUGCCACGAUGUCCCCUAUCUUUUAACAUCAAAGUUU